ACCUCCUCCCUUCCAAUGAAAUGAAACUAACAGCCUCCUGGACCCAGGCAGCAGAAGAGAUCGAAGCUAAAAGGUUUUCCCCGCCAGCUCUGUCCCCUCUGGCUCUCCUAUCCCAGCAUCAUGAUGAAGCUCAGUGAUACCCCGGCCAGGUCUCUAGACAAGUUCAUCGAAGACCACCUCCUGCCAGACGAGGAUUUCCACACACAGGUCCAUGAAGCCAUCCAUAUCAUCUGCAGUUUCCUGAAGGAGAGGUGUUUCCUAUGGGCCCCCCACCCUGUUUGGGUGUCCAAAGUUGUGAAGGGUGGCUCCUCAGGCAAAGGCACGACCCUCAGGGGCCGAUCAGAUGCUGACCUCGUCGUCUUCCUCACCAAUCUUACAAGUUUUCAGGAACAACUUCAGCGCCGAGGAGAAUUCAUCAGGGAAAUUAGGAGACAGCUGGAAGCCUGUCAAAGGGAGAAAACAUUUGAAGUGAAGUUUGAGGUCCACAAACAGCAAUGGGAGAAUCCCCGUGCUCUCAGCUUCGUGCUUAGAUCCCCUCAGCUCUAUGAGUGGGUGCAGUUUGAUGUCCUGCCCGCUUUUGAUGCCCUGGGUCAGUUGACCAGAGGCUACAGACCUGACCCUAAAGUCUACAUCCAGCUUAUCCAAGAGUGCGAGUCCCUGAGGAAAGAGGGCGAGUUCUCCCCCUGCUUCACGGAACUGCAGCGAGCCUUCCUGAAGGAUUGUCCAACCAAGCUGAAGAGCCUCAUCCGCCUUGUGAAGCACUGGUACCAAAUGUGUAAGAUGAGACAUGGGAAAAAACUGCCCCCACAAUAUGCCCUGGAGCUUCUGACAGUCUAUGCUUGGGAGCAAGGAAGCAUGGAAACAGAAUUCAGCACAGCUCAGGGAUUUCAGACUGUUUUGGAAUUAGUCCUGAAGCACCGGCACCUCUGCAUCUACUGGGAAAAGUAUUAUGACUUUGAAAACCCUAUUAUUGGACAAUACCUGAGAAGGCAACUUGUAAAACCCAGACCUGUGAUUCUGGACCCAGCUGACCCUACUGGAAAUGUGGCUGGUAAAGACCGAUAUAGCUGGCAGCUGCUGGCACAAGAGGUUAGAGUCUGGCUGGGGUACUCAUGCUGUAAGAAUUGGGAUAGGUCUCCAGUCAGCACCUGGAAGGUGCCGGUGUGACCUCCUGAUUCCCUCAUGUGACCUGAUAUUAAUGGCAUGUUGAAAUAACAACUUCUAAAAAUACUGCAUUGAAUCAAAUUGAAUUUCAUCUCUGUCUUUGUACUCUUUUACUGUGGUUGCUAGAAAAUGUAAAAUUACACAUGUGUUCUGCCCCAGAAUGGAUCACUGGAUUAGACAAUAGGCUUACCAACUCACAUUGUCACCCCGUCUUGGUACCAAAAGCAACAUUGCAUUUACAAAAGUCCAGUCAAUAAAAACUCCCUUAAGGAUGCACAAAAGAUCAAGCAUGUUCUUACCACCUGAGUUGCUGGCCACGUGUGUGGCUGGGAAACAGUCUUUGGCUUCUCCAUAUUACUGUUCCUCCUUUGAGUCCUCCAGCAUCCCUGUGAGAUGGGUCUUAUUCUUGUUCUCAUAAUAAUACACUGAGAUUUGGGCACUUGCUUGAGUCACCAAACAUUCCAGCAGCAUUUGUUGAAGGGACCAUCCUUUCCCCACUGUUCUGUAAAAGCCACCUCUAACAUUUGUCCAGAGCCCGUCUGUGUGUGAGUCUGUGUAGUUCCAUUGGUCAACUUUGGCAUCCUUGAGUUAAUACUACCUUGACUAAUUACUCUAGCCUGGUGUUAAUUCUUAAUUUCUUGUAGAAAACUCUUUUUUUAUCCAAACCAAUGUCUUCUCUUGGCUCUAUAUCUAUGUUAAUAUUAUACUCCGUUUGUGAGGUUUCACCCAAAAUACGGGGAGGCAUUUGAUUAGAAUUCCAUAAAUUAGUUCAGGGAAGAUGACAUCUAUUGAGAAUCCCAAUCCACAAACUUGGAGCUUCUUUCCAUUAAUUUUCCUCUUCUUGAAUUACUCUGUAACUAUGUUUUAUCAUUUUUCCCUGCAUUGGUCUUAAGUGUGUUUUGUCAUAUUAUUCCUAGAUACUUGUUUUUAUGUUAUUGUACUUUGUAGGUUUUCUUUCAUUUCAUUUUGUAAUGGUUGGUUUCAUGAAGACCUAAAUGUUUUCAGUGGGUAUAUUUGAUUAAAGCAUGGUGAGUGAGUGAGCUUUAUACUUUUCUGAAUUUUGUGAUUUUUGUUUUGCUGUAAAUUUGUACUGCUUGAAUGACCACAAGAAACAAUAAAGCAUUUUCUUUCAAAA